UAUUGUUCUUGAAAACCAGGGAUUUUACAUUAGCCGUUUGGAUACGUGUGUUAAAGGUACAGUUCUUUAUGUUUCAUCAGACAAUUUAGGAGCACAUUCUUUUGCUGGCUUUCAAGAGUCAUUUAAUGUGGAAAGAUUUCGCAGAUUCUGUCUUGCUGGCCGCAAUGAAAUUCAGACAGUUUCAGUAAGAUCAGGUACAUUUCCAAUUAGAACCAAACUGUCCUACAAUGAUGCAAUCAAGACUUUAAAAGAGCAGGAAACUUCAACAGUUGAUGGAGUAAAGCGUGAAUGUGUCUUAAAUGAACUGAGCUACUUCCACUGUGUUACUGGCUUUCCUCCGGAUUUUUUGCAUGAUUUAUUGGUAGGAAUUGUACCUGUGGAACUUGGUCUAUGUUUAAAGACACUGAUUGGCAGGAAAUACUUUACAUUUGAGGAACUUAAUACUGCCAUCCAGAAUUUUCCCUACAGAUUUUCUGACAGUACAAAUAGGCCACAGAAAAUCACAAAGACCUUUACUGUUAAUGGUACAAUUGGAGGGAAUGGACAUGAGAAUUGGACUCUCUUGAGGCUGUUGCCUUUACUAAUUGGAGAUAAAAUCCCUGAGAAUGACUGUGUAUGGGGUGUUAUUUUAGAGUUAAAAGACAUUGUUGAAGUUCUUGCAUCAUCUGUAUUUACAGAGGAAAAACUUUGCUACCUUGAGGCCAAAAUUCACGAGCACAGACAACUUCUGCAGGAGGCUUUUCCAGAGUUUAAACUGAGACCAAAGCACCAUUUUAUAGAACAUUACCCGUAUCUCAUUCGCUGUUUCGGACCUCUGCUUGACUUCUGGACAAUAAGGUUUGAAGCCAAGCAUAGUUUUUUCAAGAAGGUUGUACGGGAUGUAAAUAAUUUCAAAAACAUUCUACACACUUUAGCCUCCAGGCAUCAGCUUAUGUUGGCUUAUUACAUGGACACACCCACUUUGUUCAAGCCAGCAGUUAAAGUGGAUAAAAUUUCAGUGGUGGCACUUCACUGUUUGGAUUCUUCUGUAAAAAGUACCAUCAAGAGUCAAUUCAGUAGUGUGACGACUGUAUCUCUUGCUACAAAUGCUACAAUUCAUGGAACAAAGUACACCCGAGGGAUGUUUCUUUCAGCUGGGAGCACAAGUGGACUUCCUGACUUCGGUAAAAUAAUCAAUGUAUUGAUUGUUGAGAACAAGCCAUAUUUCAUCAUUGAGCCUUACACAGCCUGGUACAUAGAACAUCUCAGAUGUUAUGAACUCUACAAGAACCACCCAGAAAGGCAUUGUCUUAUACAGCCAGAGGAUCUAAAUCAUUAUUCUCCCAUUUCUGCAUACGUGGUGAGAGGCAGGUGCCUCCUCUCUCCAAAAGCCUUUCUUCUUAAGUGAAAAUUACACUUGAUCCUCCUGUUUCUGUCCAGAUUAAGAGGCUACAGUUCACUGGAUAGAAUUGCACUUGAUCUUCCUGUUUCUGUCCAGAUUAAGAGGCUACAGUUCACUGGAUAGAAUUACACUUGAUCCUCCUGUUUCUGUCCAGAUUAAGAGGCUACAGUUCACUGGAUAGGAUCAUAAUGCUGUUUAGGGUUAUACUUGGUGAGAAUGACAUUCGGAAGAUCCAUGCCGAUUGUUUACCAGAAACACUUCAUGAUUUCUUUGCAUUUUUGAAAUGCAAGCUUGCAGUAGACGGAAGCUUUGUGGUUCAAUUCCAAGAUCCGGAUUUUAACAAUGAAUUCUGUAAUUUGACAAACUUAGCAGAGCUUCCUAAAGAAAAGGCUACAUUAAAAGAAAUUUUACAACCAACAAUGGAGUCAAAUGACAUCGAUUCUACGAUUGAGGUGGGAAAUUCAAGCACUGCAUCAUCCCUGGAUAAUCCCACAGCUCGUCUGGGGUCUGGUGGCCGACGCCCUUUGCCAUGUCCAUUUCCUAUCCCUAAAUUUACGUAUGACGUAGAGUUACUACUGAGACGUGGAAAUGAGGCAUAUCACAACAAUGGAAGUUUGCUGGACAUAAGCAAGGACACAAAAUCUGAAAUUCUUGAGAAAUUAGCAGAAGCAAUGUAUGCUUUUACCCCAUACCCACAGCGCGAUGAUUUUGACAAUGCUGCACAAAGUCUUAUUGAGAAGCAUCCGUGUCUUAAGGAGCCUGGGUCUGAGAAAGGAUGGUACUGUUGGAAGUAUAGUCUAAAAUUCAAAAUGGGGAACUACCGCAGCAAGCUCCGGGCCGCAGGAUGUGCUGAACUGCAAGUUAAUCGUCACACUGCUUCCUCAGACUUAGGAUCUAAACGGAAAUUGAAGAAAGCAAAAAAGGCUGAAACAAAUUUUCUUCCAGACGUACCACAAGAUAAAAAUGAAGCAGUGCUUGAGGAGGAGAGAGAGUCAAUGGUUGUGGAAAUGAAGAAGAGAAAGGUGGACUGGAAUAAAAUGCACAUGAUGAUGGCGAACACAUUUUCGGUGCGACGGAAAGAAAUUGUUGAAAACGAGCCACUUGUGAAAGAGGUGAAGGCUAAAUGGCCAGGAUUGUUUUUUGAAAAACAAGUAAGUGACCUAUGGGAAAUGAAAAUAUUAAUUUUGUACAAUUCUAAGCAUAAAAACAAUGGUCUAUGUAAAAGAUAAUCUAGGUGCGCAUGUGUUAAUGUUCCUUUAUUGUGGAUUGAGUUUUUAAAUAUAUACAGUGCUUAACACAUGUAUUAGACCAUCAACCAAUCUAAGGUUUGUGCCACAGCUGCCCUAGCUUAACAGUAUGUUAGUUUUAUGUAACAUGCUAUGUCAGUGGUUAAUGCAGCAGUAUAUGUAAGUAGGGGUUUAAUGGUUCACAAAAUUCACGGUACACUACGUACAUGGGUUU